AUGAGCAGCGAUGAUGAGCCAGCAUUGAUGAGCAGUCCAAUAAAAACUACAGCCGCUCUUCUCGAACCAAUUGCUGACUACGAAACGUCUACAUUAGUUGAAACUAUGGUGAACGAUACUCUAGAGAUUACUACAAUUUGUCCGGACGUUGAGCACGGUAAAUUCAUUAUUGAAAGUGGUUUGAACGAAAUACCAAGUUCUGUAUGCGGCACACCAACUUAUCAACAUCGUUCGCUUCCUAGGAUUAAAAUCCUGGGAACUGGUGGAACUAUUGCAUCUAAAGGUUCGAAUUCUUCGCAGACAGCUGGAUACCAUGUGGAUUUGACCAUUCAAGAACUACUGGACAGUAUUCCUGAUAUUUCUCGAGUCUGUGAGCUUGAAUAUGAGCAGCUCUGUAAUGUGGAUUCAAAGGAUCUCAAUGAGGAGAUGCUUUUCAAGAUAUACAAAGGUGUUACACAAUCCUUACAAUCUUUUGAUGGUAUUGUGAUUACUCACGGUACCGAUACUCUUUCAGAGACUGCAUUUUUCAUUGAGAGUUGCGUUGAUACUGGCGAGCUGCCUAUUGUGUUCGUGGGGUCCAUGAGACCAUCAACUAGUGUGUCGGCAGAUGGGCCUAUGAACCUAUAUCAAGCUAUCCUGAUCGCUGCAAACAGUAAAUCAAGAGGUCGUGGUAUUCUUGUUUCUUUGAACGAUCAAAUAUCUGCAGGUUAUUACAUCACCAAGACCAAUGCCAACUCUCUGGACUCCUUUAAUGUUAGACAAGGUUAUUUGGGUAAUUUCGUCAACAACGAAGUCCACUACUAUUACCCACCAGUAAAGCCACAAGGUUGUCAUAAAUUCAAACUAAAACUGAGCCCACAGGCAAGCACCCUCAACCUUCCAUCGGUUUGUAUCCUAUAUGGGCAUCAGGCCAUUCCGCCAGAAAUUGUUGAUAUGGUCGCUGAUCACUACGAUGGCCUCGUCAUUGCCACAAUGGGAGCUGGAUCCUUGCCAAAAAACGUCAAUGAGAAGCUGCUCAGUUUGAAGAUUCCAGUGAUCUAUUCUAAGAGAUCGAUGGACGGGAUGGUUCCUACAGCCAAUUUGCCAAAGACCCAAGAUGGUAGCUCCACUAGCCUCAUUGCAUCUGGUUAUUUAAACCCUGAGAAAAGCCGAAUCUUACUGCAACUAUGUUUGGCAGGUAGUUACUGUUUGGAGGAGAUCAGACGGGUGUUCCGUGGUGUUUACGGUGGUUAA